GUGCAGUUGGGUAGCUUCCAAUCUCAGUGGUUGGUGGUGAUUGAUGAAUCUGAAAAUUGGAAGAUUGUAGAAUUGUUGUUGGUUAUAGGAUCUUUUGAACAGAUUAUACUGGUUUGCGAGAGAACGGAACUGGCAUUAAGUUCUUGGAGUCUGGGAUGCAUUUAAGGUAGAAAUCAAAACAUGAGAAGAAUUGAUUCCAUCUGACUUGUCUGAUGGAAAGCGGCUUGGUUUGUUGCAGUAGUCCUGUGGUCAGUGUUGACCUCUAUAGGAAAACAUGCACAUUCUAGAAAGGAUUUCCAGUGUUGGAAUGCUGAUUUAACAGCAAGGAGUUCUUUAUUAAACAUGUCACAAUUGCAUUGUUUUGGGGGGCAGACAGGGCUCUGGAAAAGAAGGCACAUGGAAAGAGGUAUGCAAAGAGCUGCUUUUAACUUUUCCAAGGCUGAUUGGUGUGUAGAGACUCAAGCGAAUUUAAUUCCCUUCUUCGUCAGUUAGGUCAGUGGUUUGGCUUUAUGAGCAAAGUCUGGUAUAAAUUUCCUGUAGAAACUAGCAAAGCCCAGGAAGCAUUGGACAUCUCUGGCUGUAUGAUGGGCUUGCCAGUCUAGUAUAGCUUGGACUUUCUGGGAGUCCCACCUCUUGUGGAAAUACGUUAGUCCAAGAAGUCUAGUUGUUGUAAAUCAAAGGCACAUUUUUCUGGCAUGGCAAAGAGGUGGUUAUCUCUUAGUCUACUGAGGACUGGGUGUACGUGGUCCUUAUGCUGAGCCUCAUUCUGAGAGUAAAUUAAAAUGUCAUCCAGGAGAUUGGCGAGCCAGUCUGCAGAGGAGACGGCCCAGAGCUGUCAAGGCAGGAUGAUGGCACUUCCCUCCACAGUUGCUGCCCACAGACAAGUCCGGGACACGAGUAUGAUUGGUGGGGCUUAUCACAAUGCUCUCAGAUUCUUAAGUCACUCUGAACAAGAAGUCUUUGGAGACUGAGCUACCCUAAGUGCAGAAGAACCAAGAAAGAAGGACUUGCUGACAAUGCAGCAGCAAAAAAGACAACCAGAGUUAGUAGAAGGGAAACUUCCCACCUUUGUAUUUCUUACUAAACUCAUAUUUUAUGGCGAUGACCAGGUGACGCACAAACAGGUGUUGACUCUCUUCAGCCCCUAUGAGUUUGCCUUGAAAUUCAAAUUUCUAUGUACAACUCCAAAUAAAUAUGUUGUGGUGGAUGCUGCCAGUGCAGUGAAGCCUCGGAGUUUCAUUGAUAUAAUGAUUUGUCACCAAGAUGUCUGACCUUGCCAUUAUGGAGUGAUUGAUUAGUUUCAACUCCAGUUCUCUGAGCAAAGCCAGAGGAAAGCCCUGGGAGGGAAGGAAGUGAUUGCUACUCUGGUCCUCAUUGCAAAAGAGCAGCAGCAAAAGGAAGAGGAAGAGAAGAGGUUGAAGGAGCAUCAGACCAAAAGAGUAUUUCUGGAGCAGACUCUCUGUCAGCAGAAAAUAGAAUUGCCUCAUCGGGACUAGUUUACUCACCAUCUUUGUAGGAAUCCUGUGCAUUGCUGCUCUUAUGCUUCCCACAUUGGGAGAAUUGGAUUCCCUGGUGCCUCCCUACAUCCACUUGA